AUGACGUACGCCGGUCGAUCGACUAUGGACAAAAAAAGAAAAGGCUAUAAAAGAGGCGAUACGAUUUUGAUUGAUAAACCGUUCGUUCACGCACUAAAGUCUACUUUCAAAAACGAAAAAUGCGAUUAUUGCUAUUCCGAGGAUAACCUAUCUAGAUGUUCUGGGUGUCAAUACAUCCUUUAUUGUAACCGCACAUGCCAGAAGCUUUCCUGGACUGAGCAUAAACGAGAAUGUGCUAGAAUGAAAAAAAUGUAUCCUAAAAUACUUCCAGAUGCUGCACGGAUUAUGUCUAAAAUACUAAUUAAGCUUAAGAAUGGAGGAAGUACAGAAAAAGGUUAUUACACGUCGAAUCGUUCAAGAACAUUCAAGGAUCUUAUGUCACAUUAUCCCGAUUUAAAGGAAGAUGCCCAUCGAUUAGAACAUUUCUCUACACUAUAUGAAGUGCUAAAAGAAUACAUGGGUGAAGUAAAUCUUCCUAAUGCUGUUGAAUUACUUGGAAUUUAUGGCCGGAUGUGCAUUAAUGCAUUUAAUAUUUUGGAUGAUAAUUUGAACACUAUUGGAACUGGAAUAUAUUUAGCCGCUUCAGUUAUAAAUCAUUCAUGUGUACCUAAUGCAACUGCAACAUUCGAUGGUACUACAUUGAGAAUUGGUGCUGUAACAGAUAUAGAAUAUUCUGAUCCAGAAUUGCAUGUAUUUAUAUCAUAUUUGGAACUCAUGCAAACUACAUCAGAAAGACGAAGUGAAUUACAAAACAACUAUUAUUUUUUAUGUCAAUGCUUACGUUGUGUCACAAAUUAUGAACAAAAUUUUGUAAACUCAAUGCUUUGUGGAAAUUCUAAUUGUCAAGCUGCAGUUCCUAUGAAAAACAAACAAGAAGAGGUUUUGGAUUCAAUUAGUUGUUCAAAAUGUUUGGAAAAAAUUAGUGAAGAUAAAAUCAAAACUUUUUACGAUGUAACUGAUUUCACAGAGUUUCAAUUAAGUAGAAUGAAAGAUAUUGGUUAUCUUGAUGUUUGUAAAAUGUGUCUAGAGAAACAAAAUGGUAUUUUUCAUCCGAAUAACAUUAACCGUGUUAAAAUAUUGGAUUUAGCUUUUGAAAGUGCCAUAAAAAUGGAACAAUGGAAAGAGAGUUUGAAGUAUGGAAUUCUUUUGAUCGAUGGAUAUAGGGUAUAUUAUAAUGAAUGGCAUCCUUCUUUGGGCGUUUUGUACAUGAAGUUAUUUAAAUUAUGUUCCAUUGUUGAAAAUUCUGAAUCCGCCGUAAAGUACUUGAAAAAAGGAAUGUCCAUCUUAAAAGUUACUCACGGGGAAGAUCAUAGAUUAUAUAAAAAUGAAGUUCUUCCAUAUUAUAAAGAAUUAAUCCAGUAUUUUUAG